CAACCCGCAACAUCGUGGCGCAUUCGCACCAAACCCUAGCUUUCGCUCCACCGCCACCGCCUCACCUCACCCAUGGCGCCGACGGCGGCGGCGGCGGGGCCCAGCGACGACGGGCUCCGCAAGCUGGAGUACCUCUCGCUGGUCUCCAAGGUGUGCUCGGAGCUGGAGACGCACAUCGGCGUCGGCGACAAGGUGCUCGCCGAGUUCAUCACCGAGCUCGGCCGCGACUCCGCCUCCGUCACCGACUUCGACGCCAAGCUCAAGGCCAACGGCGCCGACCUCCCGGACUACUUCGUCCGCACGCUCCUCACUAUCAUCCACGCCAUCCUCCCGCCGCCCUCCGACCCGCGCAACCCUAGCUCCGCGUCGCAGCCCGCCGCUGGCACCUCUAAGUUCCCCGGCCUCUCCCGCCCCGACGACCCCGACCGCGCCCGCACCCUCCGCCUCGAGCUCGAGCGCGACGCCGAAGAGGCCGCCGCUGCCGCAGCCCCCGCACCUGCCAGGGACGACCGUGGCCGCCACCGCCGUGACGAGCGCGGAAGGGACCGCGACCAUGACCGCCGCCAUGAUGACCGUGGCCGUGACUAUGACCGUGGACGGGAUUGUGACCAUGGCCGUGACAGAGAUAGGGAUCGAGACCGAGCCCGGGAUGGGGAUCGAUAUCGUGGCCGUGAUAAUGGCCGCGAUAGAGACCAAGAUAGAAAUCGAGAUGAUGAAUGGCGGAGAGACCGAGAUAAGGACAGAGGUGGAGAUUUUGAUAGAGAUAGAGACAGGGACCAUAGGCGAGGCAGGAGGUACAAUGAUGAGGAAGAACCCGAGCAGUUUGGUGGAAGGAAAGAUGGUGCUGUUGCUAAUUCCAGUGGUGAGCCAGAGCUUUACCAGGUGUACCGGGGUAGGGUGACACGGGUAAUGGACACCGGUUGCUUUGUUAGGCUUGAGGAUGUUCGUGGAGGACGUGAGGGUCUUGUUCACAUCUCACAAAUGGCCACCAGACGGGUGGCCAAUGCGAAAGAGAUGGUGAAGCGUGAUCAGGAGGUGUAUGUUAAGGUGGUUUCUGUGAAGGGCCAAAAGUUGAGUUUGUCAAUGAGGGACGUAGAUCAGGAUACUGGGAGAGAUCUCCUGCCAAUACAACGUGGUGGGGAUGAUGCACCACGGGCAAACCCAUCUGGUGGUAGUGCUAGUGGUGUUGGUGGGGGCUCUGGCAAGAGGCUGGGUCUGUCUGGGAUUAUGAUUGCAGAGGAGGAUGAGGUUGCACCUAUAUCACGGCGACCACUUAAGAGGAUGAGCUCUCCGGAGAGGUGGGAAGCAAAGCAGCUGAUUGCUUCAGGUGUCCUGGAUGUGAGGGAUUACCCAAUGUUUGAUGAGGAUGGGGAUGGUAUGUUAUACCAAGAGGAAGGGGCAGAGGAGGAGCAAGAGAUUGAGCUUAAUGAGGAUGAACCUGCUUUCUUGCAGGGGCAGAGCAGAUUUUCAAUCGACAUGUCACCUGUUAAGAUUUUCAAGAAUCCGGAGGGUUCAUUGAGCCGAGCUGCUGCUCUCCAAACUGCUCUCAUUAAGGAGCGGCGUGAGGUUCGGGAACAGGAACAGAGAGCAAUGCUGGACUCAAUCCCCAAGGAUCUGAAUAGGCCAUGGGAAGACCCAAUGCCUGAUACAGGGGAGCGGCACCUUGCACAGGAACUGAGAGGUGUUGGACUUUCAGCCUACGAUAUGCCUGAAUGGAAGAAGGAGGCAUAUGGAAAGGCUUUAACCUUUGGACAGAGGUCCAAGCUUUCAAUACAAGAGCAGAGACAAAGUCUUCCAAUAUACAAGUUGAAGAAAGAGCUGAUACAAGCUGUGCACGAUAACCAAGUUUUGGUGGUUAUUGGAGAGACUGGUUCUGGGAAAACCACACAGGUGACGCAAUAUUUGGCUGAAGCAGGCUAUACGACCAGGGGUAAGAUUGGUUGCACUCAACCUCGUCGUGUGGCUGCAAUGUCUGUUGCUAAGAGAGUAGCAGAAGAAUUUGGUUGUCGACUUGGAGAGGAAGUUGGUUAUGCCAUCCGCUUUGAGGAUUGCACUGGGCCAGACACGGUUAUCAAAUACAUGACUGAUGGCAUGCUUCUGCGUGAGAUUCUAGUCGAUGAGAACCUUUCCCAGUAUUCUGUAAUUAUGCUUGAUGAAGCGCAUGAAAGGACCAUCCACACAGAUGUCCUCUUUGGUUUGCUAAAGCAGCUUAUUAAGCGCAGAUCUGACAUGAGGCUUAUUGUUACUUCUGCUACCCUGGAUGCAGAGAAGUUCUCAGGGUAUUUUUUCAAUUGCAACAUCUUCACAAUUCCUGGAAGAACAUUCCCGGUAGAGAUACUCUACACCAAACAACCAGAAAGUGACUAUUUGGAUGCAGCAUUGAUCACUGUGCUUCAAAUUCACUUGACUGAGCCAGAAGGUGACAUCCUUCUUUUCUUGACGGGUCAAGAGGAGAUUGAUCAUGCCUGUCAAUGUCUUUAUGAGAGAAUGAAAGGGCUUGGAAAAGAUGUUCCGGAGCUCAUAAUUUUGCCUGUGUAUAGUGCUCUUCCCAGUGAGAUGCAGUCGAAGAUCUUUGAUCCUGCUCCACCAGGGAAGAGGAAGGUGGUUGUUGCCACCAAUAUCGCUGAAGCCUCUCUAACCAUUGACGGUAUAUAUUAUGUUGUCGAUCCUGGUUUUGCCAAAAUUAAUGUUUAUAAUUCAAAACAAGGGCUUGAUUCAUUGGUCAUCACUCCAAUUUCUCAAGCAUCAGCAAAGCAGAGGGCCGGGCGUGCUGGGCGUACUGGCCCUGGCAAGUGUUAUCGUCUAUACACUGAAAGUGCAUACCGCAAUGAAAUGUCUCCCACAACAAUCCCAGAAAUUCAAAGGAUCAACUUGGGGUCUACAGUUCUCAACAUGAAGGCGAUGGGAAUUAAUGACCUAUUAUCAUUUGAUUUCAUGGACCCUCCAGCACCACAAGCACUUAUAUCUGCAAUGGAACAAUUGUACAGCCUAGGUGCUCUUGACGAGGAAGGGCUCCUUACCAAACUGGGGAGGAAAAUGGCUGAAUUUCCACUAGAUCCACCACUUUCAAAGAUGCUUUUAGCCAGUGUUGACCUUGGAUGCAGUGAUGAGAUCCUAACUAUCAUAGCAAUGAUUCAAACUGGGAAUAUAUUCUAUAGGCCAAGAGAAAAACAAGCUCAGGCUGAUCAAAAAAGGGCCAAAUUUUUUCAGCCAGAAGGGGAUCAUCUAACUCUGCUUGCUGUAUAUGAGGCAUGGAAGGCAAAGAACUUUUCAGGGCCCUGGUGUUUUGAGAAUUUUGUUCAAUCAAGAUCCUUAAGGAGAGCUCAAGAUGUGAGGAAGCAGCUUCUCACUAUCAUGGACAGAUAUAAACUGGACAUUGUUUCAGCCGGGAGAAACUUCACAAAAAUAAGGAAAGCAAUCACUGCUGGUUUUUUCUUCCACGCUGCCAGGAAGGAUCCCCAGGAGGGAUACAGAACCUUGGUUGAGAACCAGCCUGUGUACAUACACCCAAGCAGCGCAUUGUUCCAGCGGCAGCCUGACUGGGUCAUCUACCAUGAGCUUGUGAUGACGACGAAGGAAUAUAUGCGGGAGGUAACCGUGAUCGACCCCAAGUGGCUCACCGAGCUAGCCCCAAGGUUCUACAAGUCGGCAGAUCCAACCAAGAUGAGCAAGAGGAAGAGACAGGAGAGGAUUGAGCCCCUGUACGACAGGUACCAUGAGCCCAACUCCUGGCGUCUCAGCAAGCGCCGAGCUUGAUGGCGCACCCUCACGAUGUUUUUCAUGUUCUUGAUCGAAUUCCAAACUGGAAAAUUUUGGUGUAGCUGUAAAUAUUAAUGUGAUGUGUUCUCUAGAUACGACUGCUGUUACUAGCUGAGAAUGUAUUGACACAUGUAAUGUAGCUGGACUCUGUCCUUUGUUGAGACAGUUACAUGUUUGCCUAAUUGCUAGCCAGUUGUCUGUUGAGAAUCUUGAGAUAA